AUGGACUUCUCACCCUUCAAUGACUAUCUGCUAGCGACCUGCUCACAAGAUCGCUCACAUUGGAUUUCGGACCUCAACAUUGGUGCAUUCCAGUCAUGCGGCAAUCAGAUCAAGGCCAGUGGCACCCUCAUGGCUUUCAACGUCAAUGGGGGAAAUGGUUCCAACCUUUGUGUGCUUCCCAUUGAUUUCUGUGGCCGGAGCAAUAACGAUUUGCCCGGCAUCAAAGCCCAUUCGGACCUGGUCACAGAUAUGGACUUCUCACCCUUCAAUGACUAUCUGCUAGCGACCUGCUCACAAGAUCGCUCAAUUAAACUAUGGGAUUUACCAGAGGGUGGCUUGACAGAAGAUAUAAGCACCGCCUUACUUACAUUGCCAAUGCAAGACAAGCGGGUAGAAAAUGUGCUGUUCCACCCUGCUGCUGACAGUGUUUUAGCUUCUACUAUACAUAAGACUAUUAAGAUAUGGGAUAUUUCAACAGAGCAAGAGAAACUAGCAUGGGAAGGUCAUGAGGACCAGCUGCUUGGCAUCAGUUGGAAACAAGAUGGCACCCUCUUGGCAUCCACUGGGAAGGAUAAGAAGAUCAAGAUUUGGGAUCCUAGGAAUCCAGGCAACAACCCUUCUGCCACUGGUGGGCAUGACAACCACAAGGAUUCCAGAGUUUGUUGGCUUGGCAAUGAAGAUCUUCUGUUAUCAAGUGGUUUUAACAAGACAAGACAGAGCGAACUAAUCAUGUGGGAUGCAAGAAAUCUAGGGGCGAGUCUAACAAGCCAAGCCAUGGGGACGUCUACAAGUGCUCUUAUUCCAUUUUAUGAUGCUGAUACAAAGAUGUUAUUUAUUGCAUCUAAGGGUGCUACUUCAGUAACAUACAUGGAGGUUACAAAUAGCCAACCUUAUAUUACACAGAACUCUGUCUACAUGGGAAAUGCUCAACAGAAAGGUGUUGCUAUGGUACCAAAGAGGGCGCUAAAUGUCAUGUCAUGUGAGGUCAAUCGUCUGCUACAGCUUACCAAAAAUGCAAUUCUUCCAUUGUCUUAUGAAGUGCCUCGUAGGUCGCAUCGUGAAUUUGCGAGUGAACUUUUUCCCGAUACACCUGGUUAUGACCCCGCCAUGACAGCAACCGAGUGGUUUCAAGGAGAGAGCAAAGAGGUUGCCAAAAUGUCAUUGGAUCCAUCUAAACGUCCACCAGUAACUAAGAAAAGUUGUACAAAAGGAGGAUAUGAUCCAGCACCUACACCAGUAGAAAAGAAGGAAGUAGUAAGUAUCCAAAAACCAGAAGAAAAACCCUUUAUUCCUGCAAAUAAACCAACCAUUACCCAGAAUUCAGGUGUUAAACCAGUUAUAGCUGACAAUAAACCAAGCUUACAAGGUGCCUCAGCCAGUGGGGAAUCAAUUCCAGUCAAACGACCGUCGGGCAAGAAAUUUGUGGUAGCGCAGACAUCAAAGUACCGUCACGCCAAAGGUUCUACUAGACAUGCUUCUAGCCAUAUUACAAACAUCCGUAACAUUGGCAACAUUAUUUUUGGUGAAUGUGAUGGGUUUCAUGCUAAUAUCGAAAGGGCUGCAGUGCCAUUUGCUGGAGCUGGUGGUCAGAUAGGGAUAUUUGAGCUAAAUAAACCUGGACGGCAGCCAGAGAGCGAGAUCCCGGCAAUACAAAACCAAAGUAUGGUGCAAGACUUCAGAUGGGAUCCCUUCAAUAACCACAGACUUGUGAUUGCCGGUGAGAACUGCAGAAUUAACGUCUUUGACAUUCCAGAGGGAGGCCUAGUUGAGUCUAUAAAUGAGCCAACCUUUUACAUGUUAGGGCACCAGGAGAAGAUCCACUUCAUUAUCUUUCAUCCUCUGGCGAAGGACAUGCUUCUGUCCGCAUCUCUUGACCUGACAAUCAGGAUUUGGAAUCUAGAAACCAGGCAAGAGGUCAUGAUUCUUAAAGGUCAUACUGAUCAGAUAUAUGCUGCUUGCUGGAGUUCGGAUGGUACAAGAGUUGCCACUUUAUGCAAAGACAAGAAACUACGAAUAUAUGAUCCUCGACAGUCCAACAUGCCAAUCAAGGAAGUUGAUGGGGUGAAUACUGGCCGAUGCGGUAGGGUUGUUUGGGUCUGUCAGGACCAAUGUAUCCUGGUAUCUGGUUUUAACAGAAAUAGUUCCCGUCAGAUAAGUUUGUACUCUGUAAGUAAUUUGUCGAAAACGUUGAGUGAAUUGGUACUGCAUGCUACACCCGCCAUCUUGAUUCCAUACUAUGAUGAGGAUACGAAUGUUGUCUUCCUUUAUGGCAAGGUUGGUAAUCAUUUCCUAAAUUUCAUGUUUAAAAAAAAAAUACAUCUAAAGCCGUUUUUGUAUUGGAUUAAAGUUGACCACAAUGAAGGAUAUAUUGUACCAAUGUUCACACUUAAGUUUGGAGAUGUGUCUAUAUACAUUCUGGAAGUGUCACCUGAGGAACCCUACAUAUUUGAAUGUUCACCAUUUAAAUUAAACAGCAAUUACCAGGCCGUGUCGUUCUUGCCGAAGGUAUCUUGCGUUGUGAAAGAUGUUGAGUUUGCUCGUGCCGUUGUGUUGACAAAAAUGAACAUAGAACCAAUAUCAAUUAUAGUACCUCGUGUGAAGAAAUGGGAAUCAACUUUGUCCUGUGACCAGUGGUUCAAAGGUCAAAAUAGCCAGCAUAGGACUAUUCCACUCUGCCCAGAGGGUAUGCAGCCUUUAAGCACAGUUCCAAAGUCUGCUCCAGCACCCAAAAAGUAUGAGAGCCAUCAGGAACUUGAGAGAAAAACAGAUGAACAGAAAAAAGAAGAGCUGCUGAAUGCUAUGGUCGGUAAAUUGGGGCUUAGAGAGGAUGAGCCCCUUCCCCAGGAAGAAUUUGAAGGAGUUGAUGAAGAUGAAUGGGAUGACUAGGACCACCUACGACAGGUAAAACGAAGAAUCAAGAAUCACAAGAUGUGUAAAAAGAAACAAACAACACAGCAACCCUCUUUAUGCUCUUAAUAAUCUAGUCAUGCAAAUGUGUUUAAAUAUUAAUUUUAUAUAUUACAAUAUAUGUUUAUUAUAAUAUAUUUUCAUAUUGUAUUAUAUUGUGUUAAUGAAUAGCUAACAAUUAAUUUUAUCGUAUUUGAUAAGAUUCAUGAAAAUUUCCGAAAUAUGUAUUAUGAAUUACAUCAAUAUUUAUGAUAUUGCUACAGUAAUUUAUAUUUUCAGUACUAUUUCAAUUUUUAAGUAUAAAGAGCAGAAUAUAAAUUGUUUAUUAUAACAUUUUAAGAUGAAUUUAAAA